AUGAGGCACAGAUUAUAUCCUAAUCGAAUUGCCGAUUACUAUAUACCUAAAGGACCUAAAGAAAAUAAAUCUGAAGAUGGUAAAAAGCAAAUACAUCUUCUCGCCAAAGGUGGACAAAUUACCCUAGCAUUAUAUGAUCGAUAUGUCAUGCAAUAUUUUCAUGAAUUACAAAAAACACUUUCAAAGUUGAAUCAUUCGCGUCAUUUAAUUUUUCAACGUGAAUCAGCAAAUGAUCCUAAUGAUCGUUCGAUCUUAAAAAAACCGGUUACGCGUGAUGAUAUUAUCAAUCAAAUUAAGGAAUCUCUCAAUUUAUCCAUAAACAUUAAUGACAUUGAAUUUCAGCCAGAUAUUUCGGAUAUGAUUCAGAAUUCAGGAAAUUAUACCUGUUUUGUGAUGUUUCGUGAAAUUGAACAUAAAGUUCCAUUGAAAAUAGUGGUUGAAAAUUAA